UAGGGAGCUUGUAGUCGGUUAGCUUCUUCUGGAAGCGACACAAAUUUGACGUGAAUCGCAAGUAAGUGGGAAAUGUAAUUUGUUUCACAUACCCCCGUGUACUGUAGCCACAUAGCAUAAUAGAAGCGAACAUUAGCUUUAGAAUAGAAUAGAAAUAGAAUAGAAACAACUUAUCUGUCGCGUUAGCAUACGCAGCUGACAGCCAGGAUAGCUGUUAAGCUAAGCUAAGUUAGCUUAACACAUUUGUACGCGCGUGAAAAAUGCAGAGCUUUUUCAGAACGGAAGUGCGUUGUCAACCGCACUUCCUGCUCGUAAACUGUCACUGCUGCGUCGAGGACAUGUCAAACAGUAGGAGGAGCAGCAAUACCAUGUGGGAGUCACAUGAAUGAGAGGAUGAGGCCUGAUCAACAAGGAGGCAUCUUUAGGAGAGAAGCACUGAACAGUGUGUCUCCUUGGGAGGGGUUUUGCUACUAAAAACUAAAGGUCCCGCAUAAGCACCCGUCGUGUGGACCCCAUUUGUGAAUAUAUGCAAUGAACAGUACCACUCCGUCCCCCACAAUCAAUGGGGAUGUGGCAGUCAGCUAUGUGUUGGUGCCAUUUUUUCUCAUCACCAUAUUUGGAAUAGCUGUAGCUGUGAUCUUGUACAUUCGAAAGAAAAGGAGAAUUGACAGACUCCGCCAUCAGCUGUUACCAAUUUAUUCAUAUGACCCCUCAGAGGAGGUGAAUGAAGCUGAACAAGAGAUGCUUUGGAAAGAAGAGGAUACUCGGGUUGUUCAAGGUUGGGCACGAAGUUAUCAACAGCGGCGCCCUCUUCUGUCCAAAGAUGCUUGAGUCACCAUGACAAUACCACGUUCUGAACCUUCAAACUUAUUUAUUGUUAAAUAAUAAUAAUAAUUCAUGACCUUUCACUCUGCAUUGAAAGAUCUCAGUCUUAUAAAGCCUAUAAAUGUGCUUUAUUUACAUCAGACCCAUUAUACUGUGUAAGAUGGGACUGUUGUUGCUGUUAUGUUUGCUGCAGUGCAAGUUAAAAAAACGUUUUUCUGGCUGGGAGAGUGUUACUGAAUGUGGACAUCUGUGUAUGCAGCCUAUUAGGACAUAUUUACAUAUUGAAAUCAGUUAAAGUAAGUGAGAUAUAUAUGAACGUCUAGUUCAGGUCACUUUCAGUUUUUAUUUUACUCAAUGAAUGAAUCGCUCUCUUUUGGUUUUCAUUUACACAAAAUGUGAACUGCCAUGCCCUCUGAUUUGGAUCUUUGUGUGUUUUUGCCAAAUCCUGUGAUUCGUAUGGAAGGCAUGAAGAGCUCAAUAUGGAAGUAAACACGAUACAGUUUUCUUCUGAAUGACUCCUGCUACAAGUAUGUCCUGUGCACAAGGCAUGGCACCAGCAAGGAUUCACAUCCAGCCAGAAGUGAAUGCCAUCGUUCUGACUGUAUACAAGACACUCAAAUCCCCCCCCGCUCCCACCAACCUCCUGAAGCCAUUCUUAUAUAAUUUAACAGUUUACUUUUAACAAGUCGUGCAUUGUGGUCUAUAGCUUUGGUUACUCAAUGACCUUGUUUUUGGAGUUUUGGACGUUUUCCUCAAAAUUUCUUUUAACUGUACAAUCAUACUAUAGACAUACGUUACUGAGCCUCUGAAAUCUGUCUGAACUUGAAUAGAAAACUACUGAUGAAAAUGUGGCUGCAGUGCAGUUUUUCCUGCUUUGAGUUGCGAAAGUGUGCUUAUGAAAAUGUUUAUUUGAAUAAAAGAAACGACUGGAUGAUGACAGCAUAUAUUAUCCAGUGAUAAUUUCAGAGGAAUGCUUACACAAAACACAUAUUUGUGCAAAUGGUUAUUCAUAACAUAAGAGUUUGCAUUAAGAGAAUUCCCCAAUGGGUGUACGGAAAAGAAAUGUAAAAGCAAAGUAAUUAAAAAAAAACAAACCCAAAAGACAGAAAAUUAUCUUUAUUGACCAUUUUAUCUCAUACAAAUUGUAGGGCACCAUAGAAAUAUAGACAUUGUACAUUUAUAUACGGUGCACAUUCAAAAGAAUGAUCCCAUCCUCAACAGUUUACAGUAUAUAAAUGAACACAUGUGGAUGUCAGUUGUGAGAUUUCAUUUUGUGGAAGUUGGACCAAUUUGCCACCUCAUCAUGCAAACCAACCAGGCGUCCGGCCUUUGUAUUUUUUUUUUUUGUCCUUGAAUCACCAUUUCAGUGCACCGUAAUAAAAAAAUAAAAACGCGCUAAACUACCACAGUCAGCGAACACAAUUGUUAAGCUGACAGGUCUCCCUGACUUGCUUCACACAUGAAAAAAAAAAAAGUCUGUCAACGAGCGGUCAUGAGCAAGUUGAAGCCUGUUUCAACCAGGUAUAUAUAAAAAAAAACCUUUUUAAUAAAGACACCUGUCCGACACACGCUACAGCACACAGUACAACAAAAAUAGUUAAAAGCAAUGAUAAGCAGUUGAGCGAGGUAUGAAACUCCAGGCGUUGUGGUGCCCGUUUGCAGUUUUCCGGGUUUGUAGCAGCUGAGGUGUGUGGAAGAAGACGGGUGCUUGGUUCCCUGACACAAAAUGUUUUUGUUGUGGACAGAAAACAUUUUUUUAAAGAGUCAUAUUAGGACAAAGAGGAACAAAGUGGCGCUGGGUGGCACGAAGAAGAAAAAGUACCAACAACUCAUGAUUUUAUUAUUAGACCCCCUUAUGACUAAGUACGGUUUGCCUUUCAGUUAGUUGACUGGGCGAGUGCAGGCAAAAACAGUCUGUAAAAAGCUCCCUGAAGUAACGACACUGAUGCUUUCAACCUGGAACCAGAUAACUUUCAAAUGAAAACCACACUUGAAAAGAAGCAGCAGAAUCAGGAUUUUUUUCUUUCAAAAAUGGUAUGAAACUGGAAAGUAACAAAAACAGAAAGAUACACCUUGCCUACUCCAAACACGCACAGGACCAGAGGAUGAUUGAGAAGCUAAAAUCUAAAAACGUCCUAUAGGACUAUAUAGUGGGGUGACACUGGGAAAGGAAGGGGGAGAAAAAAAAAAUAAUUUUCACCAGUGACCUAUUCUCACCUUAAACACUGAAGCUCAACACCAUCUAGCAUACAAUGCGAAGGGUAGGUUAAACCACAACAAACACAGCAAGUAUUGGUAAAAGUCACCUUUGUCCAGUAGAAAACGUGGAGAAAUUCUAUACCGCCUACCAUCUCAGAUGUGGGAACAACCAAUAAGUAACAUAAAAAAAAAAAAAAAGACCUACAAACAAUCUUCAGGUGAAAAAUACAACACACACUCACACACACACACAGAGCUCCUAGGAGCCCACUUUUGUCCAGUAUAAAAGACUUGUGAUGUCAUGACAGAGAAAAGGGCUGUCUGUCAGGUGAUACUUAGAUCUAUGCUUUUGAGCAAGGUCCAGCGUUCUAUCCAGUGCUGUUGCAUGAGAAAUGUACUGUGUUGGCCCUCGUGUGGGCCGAGGGCCCUGUCAGGAACAGUGGUCAUGAAAGUGGCACUGGUGUUUUUUUUUUUUUUUUUUUUUAGAUACAGCCCAGAUCUGGUUUAA